AUGAACAAUCCUAUAUUUAAUACAGCAAGGAUAUUUUUGUAAAAUAAAUAUCACUUUGCCACUCCUUUAGAAUUAUUCAAACAUCUUAUAACUAAUUCUAGCUAUUUUCAAGCUCCUCAAUUGAAAAAUGACUCAAAUGAUGAACUCCUGUAUAAAUUGAUUUUCAUUGCAGGAUUUCAUGAAAGAAGGAAUUGUGGCAAUAUUGUGAAAGAAUUCUCUUAAAAUUGCAUGAUUUAAAUUAGGGAUCGUAUUGAAGAUAUACAUAUGGAUAUACCUACUUUGAUUUAAGCUUUCUUGGCAAUGAGCAAUGUUUUACUUGAUGAUGAAAAGAUUGUUUCAACUAUUUUAAAAUAAUUAAAAGAUUAAGAAGAAUAGAUCACUCUUAAAUAAUUUCAUUCAAUUUAACAUUGCCUAUACAAAUUAGGAAGAUAGAAUCAAUAUUGGUCAUCUAAAGCUUGUGAUGCAAUGACAAAUAAUUUAACUACUAUCUUAAUCUAAGAUUAUGUAUAAUACUUGCAUAUUGCUAGCAAUUUAUAUUAAAUAGGUUUAUUUUAAGAAUCACAUCUUAUUAAGCUUUUAGAUAUUUUAUAUUACAAACUCGGAAAAUAAUAAAAACAUAUUUAUUUAUCUAAAUUUACAUUCUAAUUCGCAUAAAUGAUGUUUAAUAUAUAUCCUGAAAUUAUCAAUCAACCAUUAAAUCAACUUAAUUGUAAUCCAAAUAAUCCAUUUGAAAUUUAUUUCUCAUUUUUAAAAAGGGAUUACUAGGUAUGUAGAUAAAUUCUUUCAAGAAAAAAUAUUGGAGUAUCUAUCGAUUAUUUUGAAAAUGAGAACUUUCCAUAUCUAUUAAGAUUGAGAGAAGACUCUAUUAGUAGAUCAUAAACACUUUUAGAAACUGAAAUUAUUCAAAUUUUAUAAUUAUUGGAAAUUAAAUUUCAAAAAUUUCAAAAAGUGCUCAUUUAUGAUAUUGAUUUUAAAGUUAUGGACAAUAUAUUAAUUAAUUGUAAUGGUCCCUUGCAUUUUAUUUCUACCUUAGAUGGUGAAAUUAAAUAAAAAUCGUUCAAUACAAUGAUGCAAUUUAGGUAUUGUCAUACAUAAAUAAAGACAUUUGAAAACACUUGAAACUUAAAAAGCCGUUGAUUUUGACUUUUUUGAGUGGAAGCAAGAAGAUUCACUUGAUUACAAAAUAUCAAAAAUGAAAAAUAUCUUGAACUUGAUAUGA